GUCCUACAAUUAUAUAAAAAUAGAAGCCAGUCGAGUACUUUAGUAUCUACUGCUGUUUUAAUUUCCAUUAUACAGUACUGUAUAUAUGCUGAUCUGGUAAACGAGAAAAACAGCAGAAGGCACCAAAGUACACCACUGUCUUCUGUUUUUAUGCAAUUACAGGACUGCGGAGUACUUUGACAGCACUUUCAUGCACACAUUGUGAUCCAGUGACUUUGAUGCUUUAAACUAGAAGGAAAGGCUAUACAAUAACCUGCUAAGUUAUGCUUUACCUUUGCUUUGAUCCCCUCUGCACACAAAAAAAAAAAAAAA